AUGGGACAUGAAGUGAUUGAUCGCAACAGAGAAGCACGGCACUUGAGAUUAUACCAAGACUACUUUUCUGAUAAUCCUACCUAUGGCCCAGUUUUAUUCAGGCGCAGGAAUAGAAUGAGCAGGCCUCUGUUUCUUCGCAUAAUGAAUGCAGUAGAGGAUCACGAUGACUAUUUUGUGCAGAAGAGAAAUGCAGCUGGUUUAAUUGGGUUCAGUUGUCAUCAAAAGGUCACUGCAGCAAUGCGUCAGUUGGCUUAUGGUAUAGCAGCAGAUGCUUUGGAUGAAUAUCUCGGUAUUGCAGAAAGUACCGCUAUAGAGAGCCUGAGAAGGUUUGUGAAAGCAGUUGUACAAGUUUUUGAACAUGAAUACUUAAGAUCACCCAAUGAGAACGAUACAACUCGAUUACUUGAACUUGGGGAGGACAGAGGUUUCCCCGGUAUGUUAGGCUCCAUAGAUUGCAUGCAUUGGAAGUGGAAGAACUGCCCUACAGAAUUGCACGGUAUGUACCAAGGGCACGUGCACGAGCCUACAAUAAUUUUAGAAGCCGUUGCUUCAAAGGAUCUCUGGAUUUGGCACGCUUUUUUUGGUAUGCCUGGGUCUCAUAACGAUAUCAAUGUACUUCAUCGAUCCCCGCUAUUUGCAAAGCUAGCUGAAGGCAAGGCUCCUGAAGUGAACUAUAGUAUAAAUAGACACGAUUAUAUGAUGGGAUAUUAUCUUGCUGAUGGCAUAUAUCCUUCUUGGGCCACAUUUGUGAAGACCAUACCAGAACCACAUGGCAACAAGAGGAAAUAUUUUGCCAAAGCACAGGAAGCAGUAAGGAAGGACGUCGAACGAGCUUUUGGGGUUCUGCAAGCUCGAUUUGCCAUUGUUCGAGGGCCAGCUCGACAUUGGGAUGAAAAGACUCUGGGAUACAUCAUGAAAGCUUGUGUUAUCAUGCAUAACAUGAUUAUUGAAGAUGAGGGAGAAGUUGAUUGGGAAGAACGGUUCCCAGAGGGAGGAGAAAAUGUCAGAGUGUCCCACGAUGAAAUACCUGAUCUUGAUGAUUUUAUCCAAAUGCACAAAAAAAUAAGGGACGACGAAACUCACUAUCAGCUACGUGAAGACCUAGUGGAGCACUUGUGGCAACAUUAUCCGGAUAAAUAUUGA